CCGCAGUCGAGACAAUACCUCGCGUGGGGAUCCGCAGACAAUGCGCACCCCGUGGAUAUCUUCUCGCUAGCAGUAACAAAUGAUCAGAUUCUAUCUGCAUCAGGCGCACCGUCUAUUAAAGUGCACUCAGCCACCGAAGCAGACUUUCCGCUAGUUCAAUCGAUUGACGGAGCUCACACUUUAGGUUGUCAUCAUGUGGUCACCGAUGCAAAGGGCUCUCGAGCUGUUAGUGCAGGCUUCGCAGGUGACAUCAAAGUCUGGUCUUGCCAGGAGGGCCAUUGGUCUCUCGACAAGACUUCUUCAGCCAAUCUAGAUGAUGUGAAGGUUUGGGCAGUCGCAUUGGCGGAGGAUGGUCAGUACCUGGCAGGUGUUUCUCAAGAUGGUCGAAUCGGAGUAUGGGACCUAGCCGCAGAUGGGGCCCAAAUUCGAGACCACGAGACCAAGGGCAGCUUUGGUACUUGUAUCGACCUGUCGCCCGAUGGCCGAUUCAUUGCUAGCGGACAUGAAAAUGGUGCCGUCUACAUCUUUACCACUGAAAUUGGCCGAAUGCCGUUCUCUCUUUCCGGCUUGGUGAAGCCAGUUCGUUCGGUUGCUUUCUCUCCUGGAGGGAAAAUUCUGGCGGCGGCUGGAGACUCCAAGGUGAUUGUGUUGUAUGAUACGUCAUCCGGCGAACAGAUUGCAAAUCUCUCAGGCCAUUCUGCUUGGGUACUGUCUCUUUCUUGGAGCUUCACUGGGGAGUAUCUUCUCAGCAGUUCUUUCGAUGGGAAAGUCAAGGUCUGGUCUAUGGAAACCAAGAUGUGUGUUGCCACCCAAUCUGAGACCGAAAAGGCUGUCUGGAGCGUUAAGUGGCUGCCCAAGAACGGCAGAUCAGAAGCCUUUGCAGCAGCCGGUGCGAAUAGAAGCCUCGCAUUUUACCGAGAGGCUACCGGGGGCUAA